GUCACAUACGAUCAUUUAUUUAAUUUCAUUUGUUUAUCGCAAUACUAUACGUAUUUUUUGCAUGUACCUAAGUAGUCGAGUUUACAGUGCCGUUUAUCUAAUGUUUCAAUUAUAUUCCGGUGAUGACGCCUUAAAUAAGCGCGCUAUUUUAAAUUCCCACUAAAAGAGAAUAUACGUAAUAUUAUAUAUUUUUUUAAUUUUCUGUAUUUAAAAAAAGUGCUUUAAAUGUGGAAUUGGUUUCUAUAGAAUAUAUUAAUUGCAUCAUUGCAAAUAACAAUGACGAUAUCAAAAAGAUGGUACCGUUCGAGGAGGAAUCAAAUGAUCAUCGUAACUGUUAUAAUAUUUCUUAUAUUAUAUUACAUAUCGUUAAGUGAUAGUCUACAUACGGAACCAGACCUCGACGUGACCAGGCGGCUAAAAUUAAUAACUAGCAAGCCUAGCUCUGAUAUUUUGGUAUCUGUGUCUAAGGUGGCAUAUCUGCUCGAACCGCCAAAUGUUAACAUCAGAAAAUCUGUAAUCGAGUUUAUCGAAAGACGUUUAGAGCAAGCGCUGAAGCAGGAUAAGGGGACGGGAUGUCAGAUACCGAAGCUAGAUCCAUUUUCGAAGGAAGUGACGCAAUUUGAUAAGGAAAUGCCGAAAGUUGCCUGUCAAGGGAGGGAUUGGGUGAAGUGCUAUCAUUCUCAAUGUAAAGUGGUACCUGAAAUAUUAGACACGAUGAGAAACAUAGUCUGUACAUAUAGCGAUAUUAUAUACGAGAGCGAUCAGAAGUAUGUAAUUGGUGAGCCGUUCGAGGUUUAUGGAGCCGAUGCUUAUGUACUUACGAAAAGUGACCACGUUAAAGUUAAGUGCUCUGGGACACAUAAAGAUAGCAUCCUUCCAGUAAAGUGGAUAGGUCAUUGCGUUGGAUUUCGUUCCUCCGUCCAACCGAAGAAACCGCCACCAGGCAGGGAGGAUUCGCUGAACGUGCUCAUCUUGGGAUUCGAUUCGACCUCAAAGAACGGUUUCAUAAGGCGUAUGCCGAAGAGUUACAAAAUUUUGACCCAGAAACUUCGUGCUACUGUAUUGAACGGUUACAACAUAGUUGGUGAUGGUACACCGGCUGCCUUGUUUCCAAUACUAACCGGUAAAACUGAAUUAGAACUACCGGAUGUGAGGAGGAAGAUGAACAACGCAACUUUAGACUCAAUGCCGUUUAUAUUUAAAAAGCUGAAAGAUGAUGGGUAUCGCACGGCGUAUUUCGAAGAUAUGCCUUGGAUCGGCACGUUUCAGUACCGUUUCAACGGCUUCAUGCACCAGCCGGCGGAUCAUUAUCUCAGAGCGUUCUAUCUCGAAGAAUCUCAUAACGGCAAGAAAUGGUCGAGCAACAAGAUCAAAUACUGUGUGGGAGACACGCCACAGUAUAAACUAAUGCUCAAUAUUACUGAUCAGUUCUUACGUCUUGAUGGUAAACGAUUUUGUUUCACCUUCAUAGCGGAUAUAACUCAUGAUGACUUCAACAUGAUUUCAACCGCUGAUGAUGAUACAGCCGACUUCCUGACUAACUUUUUAAAAUCGGGAAUGGGAGAAGAUACAUUACUGAUGGUCAUGGGCGACCAUGGACCUAGAUACGCAAAAGUCCGUAACACGCUUCAAGGGAAACUCGAAGAGAGAUUACCACUGAUGGCGAUUAGAUUGCCGGACUCUUUUCGAAUAAAGCAUUGGAAGAUGCAGGACAACCUUGAUAACAAUGCCGAUGUACUGACAACCCCCCACGACAUACACGCGACGGUGCUGGAUUUUCUCGAUUUGAGGAAAUAUUGGAAUCCAUACAAGGUUUCCGGCGCAGAUUUGACGAGGGGCCUCAGUCUUCUACGGCCUAUAACACAGAAUCGUUCGUGCAGUGAGGCAGGUGUGGAGCCGCACUGGUGCUCGUGUGUGUCGUGGGAGGAGCUGCCGUCGGGCAGCGAGCGACACGCGGCCGCCGCCGACGCGCUGCUGCGGCACGUCAACGCGCUCACUGACAGCGUGCGGUCGAAGUGCAUCGUCCGCACUCUGAAGUCGGUCCCAUGGGUGAUGAAGCAGGUCGCCAACAACGGCGUGCUGACGUUCGUGGAGGCCAAGGACACAGACGGGUACGUGGGCAGGUUCGGUGCCCGGGUCCAGCAGGAAAGGGAAAACUAUCAAGUAAAGAUUGAGGUGGGUCCAGGUAGCGGCAUGUACGAAGCUUCGAUGUCGUACGUCGUGAAAGAAGACAGAUAUGAAAUUAAUACGAGGGAUAUAUCACGGACGAACGCUUACAACGACGAGCCAAGCUGUAUAAGUGCGACCAAUCCUCAUCUCAACAAGUUUUGUUACUGCCGCGAUAACAUACACUAACGCGCUAGUGACAAUCACUCGAGCGAUUGAAAUACGCGCAUGUCUGGAUACUGCUUUACUGUAGACUUGUUGCGUACAGAUUACAAUUAGAUUUGGCGCUCGUUUGAAUUGUUUUUCUUUUUCGAAAUUAUAUAUAUUUUUUAAUUUAUGAGAUAUAAAACAAAUGAAAUCAGUGUUUUUUAUGUUAAGAAAUACACCAAAAACAAUUUUUAUUAUAUAGAAUGACUUAAAUACAAGCGCACUCGAAAAAUUCAUCUGUAUAUUAUAUAAUAUCUUAGUUUCGAUAACGUUGUUCCUAUUGCUUAAUAACAAUUUGUUGAUUAAUGUAAGUUUAAUUUGUAAUUUGUGUAAGAUAUUAAUUAUGUAUUAUGCAAUAACAUGGAAAUCUGUAACUAGUCGAUAUUACUAAAGUUUUUAAUUAUAUUUUAAUGUAUAUACUUAUGUAACUAUUGUACAUUAAAACAUAAAAUUAAGGCAAGAAUUCAAAUUUUGAAAACUGAGAUAUGAAGGGUGUAUCAGUGUGCCUAGCAUUGCCAUACAUAACUGCGAUUUUUAUGGAAUUCCGAUCAUUGUCACUAGAUGGCGCUGUUUUAAAGUAAAUUCAUAAGUAAUUUCUCCUUUUAUGUUCUGUGAGGUAUUCACCUUAAUAGGAAGGCCUUUAGUUCUAAUAUAUAAAAAAAAUAUGUUGGAUAAGUGUAAUUCUUCCUGUUGAAUCAAAAAAUAAAUAAAAUACAUAUUAUUGUUAAUGAAUAAGUAAAAACAGGUACUAGGCACAGUGUUGGUCAUGAAAGACUUAUACUCUACAAAUAUGAACAGUUGAUAACCUUGUAAAAGCGUAGUAUGGAUUAAAAAUAUAUUGUUUAACUGGAUUGUAAGUCGUAAUGAUAUAGUUUUUAUUUAUAUUAUUUUUGAAUUCAUAUUUUUAUCGUAGUUUUUUCGUCGGCCUAUAGUUGAUUCGUCCGUUCGAUAAUGGCUAUGGUAUGGAUAAUCUCUCUGGACGUAUUUUCUUAACGGCCGGACAUUAAACUAAUAUCAGGUAUUCAUAUAAUGUUGGAAAAUUCUAUUUAUAUAACAAUUGUACAGUUAUUCAUAAAUGGCGGCCGAACCCUCUCUGCAUUACUUGUACACUAAUUUGCAUCUCAGGUUUACGGUCGGAAAAAAAUAUUGAAGAACGUUAAUACUUUGCAACCUUGCAAAUUUGCAUUUGAAGCGCGUUAAUUGUGCAUCACAGCAAAAAAAGACAAAAGAAGAAUUGUAAUGAAACAUUAAAAAGUAAUUCUUUGAAGUGGUAUCUAUUUUAUUAUGCUAUAAUGAUUGUUGUUCCUAUUUUUUCAAAUAUCAUUUAAUCACGCCUAACUGAAACAUAAAUUGAUCUCAUUACAUAAUUUAUAAAAAGUAUUUUUUUUUUGCUGUCCGUACAAAUCUAAGUUUUUGCGCCAUUUAUAAAUUUUUUUUCUUUAUAAUUAUUUCUUUAUAAAUAUAAGUUUUAAGUGAAAAUGAAAGUGAUUAUAAAGGUAAUUUCAGUUUUGUUUGGGGGAUGAUUGAGGAUGAUUAAAAACAUUAUAUUUUUGUCUCAUAUUUUAUCAUAUUAACCGUGGUUGAUUAAAAAAUCCUAUAAAAAUUUAAUAUAAUUUCAAUUUUUUUAUCCAUUGCAGUAUAGAUUUGUUAUUUCAGAAAUAUAUUGUAAAAAUACAAAAUGUAAAAAAAUAAAAUAAAAGUUUUAAAAUGCAAUAAAAUUUAAAUUUCCAAUGCAAUUCUCAACCCAAUGUUUUUCCAUGCAUUUGCAAGCGAUAGCCUUAAUUAAAUUGACAUGACGUCAUUGGUCGAGAUCUAUAUUAUCUGUGGUAUUCAUUAUAGAUUGGUGUCAA